GUUGAUACUUUGCUCAUGUGGUAGAUAGCGUAAGCAGACACAAAAGCGACACAAGACUAAAACGUGUAAAAUCACCUUGAGAAAGGUGCGAUAUAAACGCGAGCGGCCGUCUUUAAUGUAAGCUAAACAUUUACAGCAUUCAAGUGCUAAAGUAUGCUUUCAUGUGAAGGACAACAACAGCAAACAGUCUCUUGUUCGCCAUCCAAAACCAAAAUCAUCCGUGAUGACUCCCAUAAGAUUGUAGACCCAUCCAGAAAGAAACUGGUGUCCUUGGAAACCCAGCGUAUAGCUGGUAUUCUAGAUGAAUGCAUCAGAAAAGUAGAGAUGGUUGCGUGGCUGCCUGUAGUUUUAUCCCAGCCAGGCUUGCUGUCUGUUAGCAUGGACAUGGAGCUAAGUGAAACCUUAAGUGAUCACUGGAGGGUUGGCGAGAGAUACGAGACUCUUGAGAGACAAACAGAGGGCAGGAAGAUGCCAGAGGCCAAAGAAAAGGCAGACGCAGCACAUGCUGUCCACUCUUCUCUCCAGGUCUUGUUCAGGAAGAUCCAAGCUUGUCCCGCAGCUGGCAGAGCUAUUACAAACCUGGGGGACCUGGGGUUAGACAGGGACAAGGGCUUUCAGGGGCUGACUGAGGGGCUGUGCGGGCUGAGAUCGGUCCUGCUGGAACGUCUCCUCACCACCCCCGCCGAGGAGAGGGAGCGUAUCAGCCGCAUGCAGGAGAUGUCCCAGCGAUACCACAGCAACCUGGAGCUGGUGGCCACCUUGGAGGCAGAGGUGGCUGCUGCCAUCAAAGACAGGGAUGAGGAGAUCUCCAAGAAGAACCAGACCAUCCGUCACCUGAAGAGCUCGCUGCACCAGAUGGAAAAGAUCUCAGAGGACUUUGUGGCCCGGACCCGUCAGGAGGCAGAGAAGCAGAACCAGUCGGACCAGAAGACGUCACAUGGACGUCAGCAGAGCAUGCAGCAGGACGUCAACCUGUUGAGGGUGCAGUUGAACAACCUCCUCGUGGACAACCGUGAGGUUGAGAUGGGCCUACGCAAGAGGAAAUAUAAGGUGGAGACAGAAAUUGAGAACUGGAUUCAGAAGUAUGACUCUGACAUGGGUGAAAAACAGACGGAGUUGGAGGACAUGGCGGAGGUGUUUGAGGAGGAGAAGGAGGAGCUGCGUGAGCUGGAGGAGCACUACAGCAUGCUGGAGGUGGAGUACACGCAGGUGAUGGAGGAGCGGCGGCUGGAGCAGCAGCGGCAGGAGGAGGAGGAGAGGGCCAGAGAGGUGAUGGGCCGGGCCGCCACCGUCAUCCAGGCCUACUGGAGGGGCUUCCGAGUCCGCAAGGCCACGAGGGCCAAGGCCAAGGGCAAGAAGGGCAAGAAGGGCAAAGGCAAGAAGGGCAAAUGAACCGGAGUAAAAAACUGAGGUGGCUCUUUUUAUUAUCAGAGGUCAUCUGGAUAUUUUAUAUGUUUGAAAAGUUGUUUAAAUUAAAGCAUCAACUUGUUUGA